CCACCAUGUUUGCGGCGCAAUUUUGUUUAGACCGCCGCAGCCACAAAGCGUUACGCUGUCAGAGUGUCAGAAUCAGCUGCGAGCGCACCGCUCGCAAAACAUAAACAAGCCACAAAAAUCGUUUUCGAAGCGUAUUUCUGCGGUGGCCAAUAUUAUGGGAUAAAAAUGGAUCCAGGAAUAAACGAAAAGUAACAAGACAUCCAGCGGGGCAGCGGGACGGACAAUCUGUUGUCGAUCGAUCGACUCCCGCGCUGCCAUCCUGCGGCUGUUCGAGAGGAGAAUGGUGAAAUGGCCCCGAUCCCGAUUGGGCAGAUCGGGAAACCCCCUUCAGUUCCACCGAUGGCCGCAAAUCCCAGCGUAGUGAACAACACGCCCAGCUCAACGCCCGCUCAACCGGCGUCGGAUUCCCACUCCAAAACUCAUCGCCCAGGGCAAGCAAGACGACACCGGCUAAAUCCGCAUCACUCAGUGCAAGUAGAACAGCGAAGUACUGCUGAUCGAGUACGGAAUCUGUGCUGCGCCGACCAGCACCUUCUCGCCAAUUGCAACACCUGUCAUCUGUACGACCACCUCGGCUGUCCCACGCGGCACCAUCAAAAAGUCCAAACUGACAGUGCUCCGAGUGCGACAAAUCGGACGACUCCGGCCCCGAGCACGUGAUCCUGCUGAAAGCCCCGUAAUGUCCCGAACCCGGAACAGCAAGGGCGGCAUCAUCGCCCCGUAACACAUGCCCUCGCCCGAGUUUGAAAAGUCCCCGGAGAGUACCUCCGUCGUGUGUUGCGCCAACCUUACAACCCAAACGACCCGGCGGUAGCGGCGGCAAACGGUAUCGAGACGGAAGAUUUGCUGCUGGAGAUCCCGAAAAUCGACCAGGAACUGGCGGAAAAGCUUAGCGCAGGGAAAACUUCGGUGGAUAAGUUGACGACGAUGGCGGCCGCACCACCGGUCAAGCGUGGCAGCAAAAAAAAGGUCACCGAACCGGCUUCCCUAGACAAAGAGGUUCCAAAAGCAGGAGGACAUCAAACCCAAGGUUGAAGUCACCGAGAUCCCGGACUCUCCGGUGAAGAAGCCCGAGCAGCCAAAGGAAGAACCCGCUCCGUAGAUCGUGGAACCCCCUGCCAAACCCAAAGAGGUCAAACCGGAAAAAAACGAAGGAGAAGCUGAAAGCUCCCGCGGAGCCGGCUGCAACGGAGCCUGAACCACUCACUUCCGAAAGUUCCCAAGAAACGCUCACUUUCUCGGAUCGGCAAUCACGUUGACAACGACCUCUAAUGAAUCGCUGGAGCCACCAAAGCAACCAUCGACUCUCCUCAUCAGGCUCCGGGCGCCGUGAAAGUUCUACCUGCGGUGGACGCCGCCACAGUAGGCACAUCCGGAACCGGAGGCAUCUCCUCUUCGUCUCCGUCACACAAGCACAG